GUUUAAAUGGUAUCGGCGAAACUGAAGAAAUCAUUAGAAUCCGUGGUAAGGGUACAUCCUCAACUUGAAAUUUUCCACUCAAAAUAGUGGCUUCAAGAAUGUUGCCCAUGUUUUUUUAUGACUAAUCGCGUACCAUUACACAAUUUUGGCGCAUUCAAAUUUCGAAGCAAUAUUAUAGGUGAGCCAAUCUUUAAUCGCAAGUUAUGUCGUGGCAAUCCAGGUAAAUCCAGUGAAUUCAAAAAUUCUACAGGAUAGUUGACAACUUCAUCUGGUUCAACAACAGUGUCAAUUUAUUUAUAUGUAAAUUCAUUACCAAGCAGUGACUGCUGUAUUUUUAAAUUGAUCGUGUCGACAUCUUCUAAAAUAGCUCGCUCACGUAGCCAUGUAUGAUCUGUAUAAUUAUAUUGUAUCUGUGGAAUAAUACUUUGCAUCAACUCAUCUUUGGUAGCCACCAUAUUGCAAAUGUUUUCUGGAAGUUGAAUAUAUUGCGUAUCUCUAUACAAUUGAAUUUCACCAUUACCAAUGUUUAGCAAUUGUUCAGAAAAUCGCGACGCAGAUGGGUCAUUUUGGAAUUGAACACGCAUAUUGAUUGUAAGGUUUAAUUUACUGACAUGUCGCCAUAGACAGGACUCUUUCAAACAUGCAUUUAUUUCGUCCGCAUAUGUUGCACGUGGGAUGACAGGCAAGGUAUGUCUGAAAUCACCAGACACCAAGAUCAAAGCACCACCGAAAAGUCUUUGAUUAUUUCUUAUAUCUCUCAGGGUUCUAUCGAGAGCUUCUAGUAAAUGCUUAUAGGCCAUUGUGCAUUCAUCCCAAAUAAUAAUUCUUUAGAACUUCAGCCAUUCCUGACUGCCAAACUGUAUGAGCGACGUGUUUGAAAUAAGAACACAAAAAUCUUCAAUAAUUAUUAAUGCCUCAUUAUAUAUCUCAGUGGAGAAUUCAAUAUUGACAAUAUUCAAUCAGUCAUUUAUGGUUAUUAUAUUAUGGUUUCAUGUCAUGAAAAACACGUUGACUAAGCUCCUCUUUCGAAUCCAUGAAGUGGCAGAAAUCUGUUGGAAAUGUUAUUAAUCCGUCGACGUGUCAACUGCGACCCUGCCAUUUCCAACUGCUUCUUCAAUCGCAAUUUGAUAUUUUUGCAAAAACUCCCGUAUGUUAGUUGUUAAUUGGCGAUUCUUAAUGUUUCGCGACAAAUUAGAUUAUUUUAGUCAUGUGAUUAGCUCGUCAGCAACAGUUGAUUCAGGCAUAAUUGGAAGAGUUUUGGAUAUCGCGUAAAUCUUUUAAAGUCCUGUGCAGUGCCUCCACCGACUUCUUGAAUAUCUGGAAAAUUUUCGAUACAGCGAUAUUUUUUGCGAUUUUGCCGACUGGUGUUUCGGUCAUUUGCAAUUUAGGAGUAAUUUCAAUGCCGAAUGUGCCGUUUGUUUGCCUACUAACAGGUGCCAAGUUGCCCCUAUUCCCGUUAACCUUGGUACUGAAAAUAAGUGAAAUUGGUUCAGGAAUUAUAUACCUUAAUAGAAAUAUAGCAAUAAAUUGCGAGCAUGUUCUUAUUCUUUUUGUCUAUCGACACAACCGUAUACAAUUGAACAAUGACAAAAAUAUUUUAACAAAGCUACAAUGACAACCUUCAAAAUAAAAUUAUUUUUUGUUUUCUUUUUUUUUAAUUUUGUUGUCAAUUCAAAUAAAAUUUUCUUAUUAUUAUUUUCUUCGCUACUUUUCUAUUUUUACAUAUUUUCUAAUUCUUUCCUGGUCUUCCACGAAGGUUUCAAGACACACUCUUGAAUAGUUUACACAUCGACUACAGCGCAGUCUGCCGUAUCCUAUUUUAUCGUAUUGUGAAUCUAAACCAUCCUCAAACCCCCUGGAAUACACACCAAAAAUUUCAUCAAAAUCGGUCCAGCCGUUUAGGAGGAGUUCAAUCACUAACACACGUACAGAAGAUAUAUAUAUAUAUGUAACUGUAUAUUAGAAGUAAAACAAAAUGUUAAUUAUUAAUAUCUCCUAACUAAAUUUCAUCAAAAUCCGUUCAGCCGUUUAGACGUGAAAGAGCAACAAAAACAACUAAAAAUCACUAACUCAAUUUAGUUAUCUUCCUACUACCUACCCACUAAGAACGAUGGCGUGAUUAUUUAUAGCCUAUGACCAUUUCUAGGUUAUCAUCUAUCACCAUACCAAAUUUCAUCAAAAUCCGUUCAGCCGUUUAGGCGUGAAAGAGUAACAGACAGACAGAGUUACUUUCGCAUUUAUAAUAUUAAUAUGGAUAUAUAUAUAUACUAGCUUUUACCCGCGACUUCGUCCGGAACAUGAAAGAGCAAAACUCCCAGGAAAAACUAUACUACUAACUCAAUUCAGUUUUCUGCCUACUUCCUACCCCUAAGUACGAUGACGUGAUCAUUUUGAUCUUAUAUCCGUUUUUAGGUAACCAUCUAUUACCUUACAAAAUUUCAUCAAAAUCCGUUCAGUCGUUUAGACGUGAAGAGCAGAAGUCCCAACAAAAACGACUAAAAAUCACUAACUCAAUUUACUUAUCUGCCUACUGCCUACCCCCUAAGAACGAUGGCGUGAUUAUCUAUAGCCUAUGACCAUUUCUAGGUUAUCAUCUAUCACCAUACCAAAUUUCAUCAAAAUCCGUUCAGCCGUUUAGGCGUGAAAGAGUAACAGACAGACAGAGUUACUUUCGCAUUUAUAAUAUUAAUAUGGAUAUGGAUAUAUAUAUAUACUAGCAACCCGGCCACACGUUUUUGUGGCAAGGUAUACAUUCAAUUAAGUUGGUCCAAUCUUGGCUUCGGCGACGAUAUUGAUUACUCGAGGUUGAUUUAUGUUACGGAGCAGGAUGACAACUCACACUACUUUUAAUUGCAAAGUGAGUGGUGAUAGUACCGGCAAUUUUAAAUAGUUUGGGAUAAUUGACUACGUCAUCCUGGUUUGUAGCUGAGUCAACUCUCCUGGACCGAAAUUCUAAAUUGUCGCAUUACGAUCAUCGAUAUCUUUGUUUUUUUUUUUACCACCAAUCCGUCAUUUAUGGUUAUCAUAUUGAGGUUUCAUGUCAGGAAAACUUCUCUUUCGAGUCCAUGAAGUGACAGAAAUCAGUUGGAAAUGUUAUUAGUCCGUCGAGGUGUCAACUGCGACCCUACCAUUUGAAACUGCUUCUACAAUCGCAAUUUGGUAUUGUUGCUAAAACACUCAUAUGUUAGUUGUUAAUUGGCGAUUCUUUAUGUGUCGCUACAAUUAUAUGAUUUUAGGCAUGAGAUUAGUCCGUCAGUAACAGUUGAUACAGUAAUAAUUGGAAGCGUCUGGGGUAAAUCACAUGCUAACCGAAUCCUGGCUCCACCAAAAACGUUCAUCGACAAUCAAGAUCUUUUAAAGUCCUGUGCAGUAGCUCCAGCGACUUCUUGAAUAUUUGGAAAAUCUUCGUUAUAGCGCAAUUUUUGACGAUUUCGCCGACUGGUGUUUCGUUCAUUUGCAAUUUAGGAGUAAUUUCAAGGCCGAAUGUGCCCUUUGUUUGCCUACUAACAGGUGCCAAGAUGCCCCUAUUUCCGAAAAUGAGUGAAAUUGGUUCUGGAAUUAAAUUAGCCCUCAUAUACUAUAUAUGAUGAUUAUCUAUUGGACUUUAUUUCGAAUAUAUAGGUCAAAUUGUGUGUUAUCUUAAUAAAAUUACAUUAAUAAAUUGCGAGAGUAUAAAAUAUUCGGUUGGACCCAAACUUAGCCUUUCCUUAUUUGUUGCAAAUUGUUUUGGGCUAUCGACACAACCUUAUACAAUUGAACAGUAACAAAAAUAUUUUAACAAAGCAACAAUGACAACCUUAAAAAUAUUAUUUUUUUGUUUUCUCUUUUUAUAUUUUUCUUGUCAACUCGAAUAAAAUUCUCUUAUUACUAUCUUCUCGCAAUUUUUCCAUAUUUACUCACUCUCAAAUCUUUUCCUUGCCUUCCACGAAUUCUUCAAGACUAAAAUUAGCCAGAUCGGUUUGGUCGUUCUCGACUUUUUGCGAGACAAACGAACAGCAAUUAAUUUAUGUAUCUAUAUAUAUAAAAAUGAAUGCCAUUUUUCGUUGUGACUUUAUAACUCAAGAACGGGCUCACCUAUCCAAACCAAAUUUUUAGGUUUUGUUUGGACUAUUCAGUAGAUGGUUUGUGUUUUGAAAUUUUAAGAAUCGGAUACCAGGGUCUCGAGAAAUAGGCCAAAACGUGGACCCGGGUAACCCUAAGAUGAGUUAGUACAAUAUGGGUAGCAAAUGGAAGCUGUUGAUGAUUUCUAUAGUAUAGAGUAUUUUUGAUGCCGCUCCGUGAUAUCGGCAAAAAUGUUUCGAGAUAUCGGCAAAAAUGUUUCAAAAAUUUCACCACACAUAUGUUACAUUUUUUUUAUUUAACUCGUACCUACUUGGAAAGCUGAAAAGCGCUCAAUGUAUGGUGGAAUUAUUUUUAAAAACAAAUUUAUUUUAUUGGUGAUGAAAAUCGUGAAUUGAAUCAACGUUGUACAAUUGCUUUGAAUACAAGGUGAGAAAUUAUUUGUGAGCUACAAAGGUUUUUCCAUCAGCAUAACGCAUUAGUUCAAUUGUUCAAAAUUGCUCUCGAUCGUAUGCCCUCUGAUCAUCACAAAAUCGUAAUAAGGGCUGAUAGAACACCAUUUGGAGAGCAUGAAAGGCGAUUCAAUGCACCGACAAUUGAUGAGGUUGCAAUUGUAAUUUGUGGUGAUAAGUUUCAAUCGCGUGAUAUUAUACUUCAUCGUAGAAAUGACCAAUUGCAACGUGUUUCCGAACUUCAUCGUAGUUACGACGCAUUACAAUACCCAAUAUUGCAUUGGAAAUGUGACGAUGACUAUAAUAUAAAUACACCAAUGAUUGAUCCACGAACAGGUAAAUAAUAUUUUCAGUGUGUUGACAUUUCAUCAUUUGUAGAAAUUUCUUAAGUCACAUUUUCCAUUUAUUUUAAGGCCUACACGUACAGAAAAAAGUUAGUGCCAUGAAUUAUUAUUCUUAUCGAUUGAUGGUUCGUCCACAAGAACAAAAUUAUAUCUUGAGAUGUCGUAAACUAUAUCAUCAGUACAUCGUUGAUAUGUACGUCAAAAUAGAAACAGAACGUCUUAAUUUUAUUCGUUUCAACAAAGCAAAAUUAAGAUCUGAACAAUAUAUUCAUUUGCAAGAUGCGAUAGCGAAUGAUGCUAAUAUUAAUGACAUUGGACGUUUAACUAUAUUGCCAUCUUCGUAUAUUGGUAGCCCACGGAAUAUGAACGAAUAUGCACAAGACGCAAUGUGUUAUGUAAGAAAAUACGGUCGACCGGAUCUGUUUAUUACAUUUACAUGUAAUCCGCAGUGGGAUGACAUCAAAAACAAUUUAUUUGCAGGACAGUCGACAACCGAUCGUCAUGACAUUAUUGCGCGUGUUUUUCGGCAAAAAUGUAAAGCAAUUAUGGAUUUAAUUGCGAAAUUAUAUGUAUUUGGGGAUGUACGUUGCCAUAUGUACUCCAUUGAAUGGCAGAAAAGGGGAUUGCCGCACGCACAUAUACUAAUUUGGCUGGUACAUAAAGUAACUCCGGAUCAAAUCGAUAACCUUAUAUCAGCUGAAAUUCCUAAUCACACUGCUGAUCCUGAGUUAUUUCAAGUUGUCGUUAAAAACAUGAUACAUGGACCGUGCGGUGAACUAAAUAUGAAUUCACCAUGUAUGAUUGAUGAAAAGUGUUCGAAACGAGACCCAAGGCAAUUUACUUCAGACACAAUAACGGACAAUGACGGAUAUCCGUUGUAUCGACGUAGAUCACCUAAUGAUAAUGGCAAAACGGCAACCAUUAGAAUGCAUAACCAGGAAGUUGAAGUUGAUAAUCGUUGGGUGGUUCCGUAUUGUCCAUUAUUAUCGAAAAUAUUCAACGCUCAUAUAAAUGAGGAAUAUUGUAAUUCUGUCAAAUCCAUUCAAUAUAUUUGCAAGUAUGUAAUUAAAGGGAGCGAUAUGGCUAUUUUCGGUGUUGCUGGUGAGAAUAGAAAUGAUGAAAUUACUCAGUAUCAAAUGGGUCGCUAUACAAGGAACAGCAGUUCAAGGGCAUCCUGGCAUUUUCCAAACAGAUGCAAUAGGCAGAAUAUAUACAGUACAUCCAAACAAUGUUGAGUGUUUCUAUUUGAGAUUGUUAUCAGUAAACGUGAAUGGCCCAAAAUCAUUUCAAGAAUUGAGAACAGUCAACGGACAUUUGUGUGAAACAUACCGUGAAGCAUGCCAACUUUUGCAUUUGUUGGAGGAUGAUGCUCAUUGGGAUUCAACACUUCACGAUGCAUCUAUUUCGGCUCAUCCUCAACAAAUACGAAUGCUGUUUGCCGUUAUAUUAUCAACAUGUAUGCCAUCAAAUCCACUUGAAUUAUGGAACAAAUAUAAACAUAAUAUUGCAGAAGAUAUUUUAAUUCGUAUGCGUCAUCAUGCAAGAAAUCCUGAUUUGUUGAUAACUUUGGAAAUGUACAACGAAGCUUUGAUAAUAAUUGAAGAUAUGUGUCUACGGAUUGCAAAUAAAACAUUAGUACAAUUGGGUAUGACCGCACCAAAUCGUGACAUGCAUGAUCUAUUUGAUCGUGAAUUGCAACGUGAGCAGGAAUUCAAUUCUAAUGAUUUGCGUUUAUUUGUACAAUCGAAUAUAACCAAAAUGAAUAUUCAGCAAAAACAUGUCUAUGACAAAAUCAUGCAAGCCAUUUCCAAUAAUGCAGGUGGGUUAUAUUUCUUGGAUGCACCUGGUGGUACAGGUAAAACGUUCGUUAUAUCACUGAUUUUAGCCACUAUUCGAUCGGAACAGAAAAUUGCAUUGGCACUUGCAUCUUCGGGAAUUGCUGCUACAUUAUUAGAAGGUGGUCGGACAGCACACUCUGCAUUAAAAUUGCC